UACAGCUAGUGGCAUCGCACCGCAACCUUAUCUCCCCUGUCCCUUGCCCCCACCCUCUCCACCGCCCCUCCCCCAACCAAUCUUGCCCACACCGCAGAUGCCUCCUCCGUGCCAAACGACGGUGACAGGGACGCCGGCGCCCUAACCCGCGUCUCCUUCCACCUCCCCCAGCUCGUCUUCUCGCCGGCCGCUUUGGAGGAGCCUCCUUUCGCGCGCCACCGUGUUCGGGCUGCGGCGACCACCAGAGGUCCACCGCCGGCUGGAGCUCCCUCCUUCUCCACUACGAGGCACCAGCAGAGGGGGGCGACUCCUCCUUCCAUCCCUAGCUACGGCGUCCAACCUCUAACGCCGAUUGAUCCCCUCCAAAAGUAGUUGAAGGAAGGGGGCGGGCCAUGGAGAAGCUGCAAGGUGUGGGCCUGAAGCCAUGGAUGGAUGUGUUUGGUAUGAGGAUAGCGGACGGCGAGGAGGCACCGAACCGAGCGGCGGGCAAGGACGAAGUGAAGCUGCGCGCACCGUCGUCCUAUCCUUCCUCCGCCUGCUGUUACUGGAAGCAAGCGCAGUACCAUCUCAACUCAUCCACGAGAAGCUAUUUUUGGCUUACACGAAGGGAUGCAUGCUCUUCAUCUUGCAGGGACUCGGGGCAAUGGAUAAAAUCUAGAUGCCAAGUUGACUUUUUUCCUGCGGAUUUGCUUAUCGUGAAGAUGCACUAAGGGUUAAUAGCUCAAGCAUUGGAUGUUGGCAAAACAGAAGUUCCUUCACCAAAGGAAGAAAGUAGUUCCACCGAUCCGGAAGCUACUAGAGAUACUGAAAAAUUUGAAACUAGUGGCAAUGACGACAAUGAUCGUAAUCACAAGCACCGAAGACCACUGUCACAUUCUUGCACUAUAGUAUUAUCUCAAUCACAACAUUGAAAUAGUAUGAUCUAUUACUUCACAUUUUCUGUAUCAUGAGGACCACGGCCACGUUGUGCCAAUA